AUGGCGGCGCUGCAUUGGUGGUCCAGGGACCUCACAAGUGGCGAGUCCACGAGGCUUCCCGUGAGCGCUGACCAGCUCGGGUUCGUCAUCCGCGCCGAGCUCGUCGACCAGGCGAGCGCCGGCACCGGACAGAGCGUGCGCGUGGCCGUACACGCCCAGAACGGCGAGGAGCUGCAGAGGUUCGUGCUGUCGGCGGAGAGGCCCUCCGUGGAGCCGAGGUCCGUGCCGGGGCUGCGCGAGGAGUUCUCUCUGGACCGGGAGGCCGACUCCGCUGCCCACGCGGUCGUUCGCUUACACGGUUUCCUUGUUACAAUGCCGCCUGGCAUGAACAGCGACGAGGAGCUCGAUAUGAGCAGCCCCGGCGACGACGAGCUGGUACAGAUGGAGUACGUCCCCGAGGGCCGGUUUCUUGGAGGCCUGGCGCCGUGGUUCGCCGCCGCGGGGUGCACGGCCGGCUGCAUGCGGGUCGCCGCCGUGGAGGGCCAAGAAGAAGACGCAGACAGCAAGCAGAUCCUGGUGCUCUACCGCUACGCCCCUUUUUCAGUAUCAUCGGAUGGCGUGGUAGUGCGAGGGAGAACCAGGGCGCACCUGCUCCGGUUCAUGGCCACCAACGACCACACGGCGAGGUCCCUGGCGUGGGCCGGAUCGUCUCUGCCCCGGCUGAUAUACCCCGGUGACUUCAGCGAGCUGCUCCAGGAGCUAUGGUCUAACCUGGCGGCGCAGGUGAGCGUGCGGCCGCGCGCCGCGCGCGUCGAGGUGUUCGUCGACGUCGGCAUCCUCCUCCGGAGGUCGGACUACACUCCCGAGCGCGUGGAGCGGAUGCGCCCCUCGCUGGAGCGCAUGGCGGAGCAGCCGUGGCCCGUGCGCUUCACCGGUAUGGAGCUGCACCUCCCAGAGCCGAUGCGGCGCGACCAUGAUAAAGACGAAGCCGCUGUCCACGACGAUGACACGGAAGCCGGUGAACGGCCAGCGAAGCGAAGGAGGGUCGUCGCCGCCGUGGAGGAUUGCCCCAUCUGCUUGCAGAUGCUGGAGGGCGACGACCUCACCACGUGGCCCGAGUGCGGCAAGCCCCACGUCUUCCAUGGCGCGUGCUUGGAGCGCGUCCUCGUGGAGAGCAAGACGUGCCCUAUGUGCAGGCACAAGCUAUACAUCGAGCCCAAACUGUAA